UUCAUCGACUACAUGCGAUACUUUUAUGUCUUAUGGGGAAAAAACGAAAUGAGCAGCAAUGAAGUCUGUUUGCUUCUCGGAGCGACGGGUGUGGGAAAAACUCUUCUCAUGAAACGUCUUCAAAAGGUUAAUUUGCAUGGAUUAGGUGAACUGGGGGCAACUCCUUCUACUCUGCCUACAGUAGGAACCAACCUUACAGACCUGACACUGAAGAGGAAGAAACUGACAGUGAGAGAGCUGGGAGGCUGCAUGGGCCCAAUAUGGCCAAGUUACUUCAAAGACUGCUCCUCUGUAAUGUUUAUGGUGGACUCAGCCAACAUUGCUCAGAUAUCCUCCUCCUGUAUCCAGCUCCUGUCAGUACUCUCUGCUGAGCCUUUGUGCAGUGCUUCUGUGCUUAUUCUCUUCAACAAGAGGGACAUGCCUUGCACUAUGAGCCUUGUAGAAGUAAAGUCACUGUUUCGAAUGGAUGACAUCAUUGCAUCUGCGACUCAGCCAAUCACAACACUUGAGCUCAGUGCCCGUUCUGGAGAAGGGCUUCAGGAAGUGCUAGGCUGGCUGGAGUCCAUCAUAGUCAAGUGA